AUGAUUCAAGGCAGACCAAUAUCUGUUAACACAACUUCCUUCUUUUGCAGACUCGUACCAACUUACAAAGUGGACGCUGAUAAGGGGUUCAAUUUCUCAGUUCCAGAUGAUGCUUUUGUGUGUCAAAAGAAGAACCACUUUCAGGUUACAGUUUACAUUGGCAUGAUGGGUGAUCCCAAGUAUGUGAAGACACCAGAAGGCCUGAAAAUUAUUGAGUGUUUCUAUUUAAAGCUUCAUGGUGUGAAGCUGGAAGCUCUGAAUCAGAACAUCAACAUAGAACAGUCACAGUCUGACAGAAGCAAAAGACCAUUUAACCCUGUCACGGUCAAUCUACCACCAGAACAGGUCACAAAGGUCACAGUUGGACGCUUGCACUUCAGUGAAACGACAGCAAAUAACAUGCGAAAGAAGGGUAAACCCAAUCCCGACCAAAGGUACUUCAUGCUGGUAGUGGCACUACAAGCCCACGCUCAGAGUCAGAACUACACCGUGGCUGCACAAAUCUCAGAACGCAUCAUUGUCAGGGCAUCAAACCCAGGUCAGUUUGAGAAUGACAGUGAUGUUCUGUGGCAGCGAGGACAGUUUCCAGAGUCUGUCUUCCACCAUGGUCGAGUUGGGAUUAACACAGAUCGCCCUGAUGAGGCAUUGGUAGUACAUGGGAAUGUGAAGGUUAUGGGCUCAGUGAUGCAUCCAUCGGAUAUCCGUGCAAAGGAUAAUGUACAAGAGGUGAACACAACUGAACAGCUGAAGAGGAUUGCACAGAUGAGGAUAGUACACUAUCAAUACAAACCUGAAUUUGCUGCUACUGUGGGCAUAGAAAAUACGUCAGAGACAGGUGUCAUUGCUCAGGAAGUGAAGGAUAUAUUGCCAGAAGCAGUUAAAGAGACAGGAGAUGUUGUUUUCACUACUGGUGAGACCAUUGAAAACUUCUUAGUAGUGAAUAAGGAACGAAUUUUUAUGGAGAAUGUUGGGGCUGUGAAGGAGCUGUGCAAACUUACUGACAACUUAGAAACUCGCAUUGAUGAGCUGGAGCGAUGGAGCCGCAAACUGGCUAAGCUGAAGCGACUGGACAGCAUGAAGUCAACGGUCAGCUCUGGAACAUUCAGUCAAACUGGAAGUCAGUUCAGCAGAGCUGGAAGUGUACCUCAUAAAAAGAGACCUCCAAAACUGGGCAACAAGGUCCCCACAGUGUCAACAGAUCCUAACUGUUUCAACCAGAAGUUUCUACAGGGCACCAUAAUUGCUCUGGUUGUCAUCAUGGCUCUCAGUGUGAUCUCCAUGUCCACCCUUUAUGUGUUGAACUUGCGAAAUGAGGACGAUGACAUUGAUGUUAAUGGCCUUGAAGCCAUGACAACUCUUUGUUUGCUGACCUUGUUUCGGAGCAGUGACCUCAGUGGUACAGUGGUACUGUGCGCAGGGUCAGGUAAAAAUUUGGAAGCUAUGAGAUCUCACUUUUCUACACCAUCUUCUCUUCUGAGUGCUGUAACCAAAAUGGCACGUAUAGGUCCCUCUAUUGUUUCGGUGUCAUCUCAUCCCUUUGCUUCCCCUUCCCCUGUACUUCCUGGCAUAGACCUGUGCUUUAACCCUCCAUGUGCUGUUGUCUGCUGCUCUGCCGCAUCCACCAGUGUCCCACCCCUACCAUCAGUCUCUGUGACAAAGUCCACAUCUAGCACUAAUCGGUCAGACACAGAUCACAGCCAAACUUCUGUGCCACUCUCCAGUAUAAUUAAGGGAAAAUCAAGUAGAAAAGGUUACAUCAACCAUAGCAGGGUAAAUGGAGGUCCAAACAGAGAAGCAGCUACAGGAUUCAACAACCUCAGCCCGUCACCACAAAUAAUUGGUACACAAAAAGUGAAGUACACAAAAAAGUAUUCAGGCUCUCAAAAUAACCUUUCAGUUCAGAAUCCCAGACAGCAUCGGAGUGUGGAGCAGCCAAGCACAGAAGAGACAAAGUCAGGGCAGAUCGAGAUUCAGGAGAAGACAACUGUUGCCAGCCAGAACUCGGGAUAUUUCAUUGCCAGUUCUGUUCGAAUCCUGGAAAACAACAUGCCAAUCACUGCUGAAUAUUGCAUUUCUCCCAAUGCCUGCAGGUCAGGAAGUUACACCUAUGUGAUUCCUGUCAGCAUGUUCACACCCCUUGAUGUUCAGAUAACCCUGGAGAUCAAUACAUCCUAUCCACUGACAGUUCUUCUGUGUGGAGUGUCCAGAGGCAGUCCUUGUACAAGUAACUCAUCUUUAAACCAAAGUACUGGUACCAAAUUACAUCAGGGGACCACACAUCGCUGGGCCCUGUCAGUUAUGUUUCAUGAAAUCACCUACAGCUUCCGGGUUGUUGCUGACCCUGACCAAACAGACUGCACCUCUCAAAGCUCCCUGGUAGGUCUGCAUUUCGUAGAGUAUAACUUCCACUUUCGUCGGAUGUGUAACUACACAAAUGGAUGAUUUGCCUAUGUCUUGGAGAUUUCUAGUUGAUACCCACCUUCUAAUGUUCUCUACACUGGUUGUAUUCUUCAGCUACCCCAACAAGUCCCAUACCUCCAUCCCUUCAGCUUUAAAUCUUGUUUUUUUUUUCCUACAGACAUACUGCUUCUUGUUUCAGGUUAUCCUUCAGUAGAAAAUGUUACCAUUCAGCACUCAGUGGGUGUCAAACCUCAUUUACCAGGCUCUAAGGCUUGCAGUUGAAAUUUUGCAAUAUUCUUAUUGGACUUGUUUCAGCUAAUACUGAAGAACUUGUACUGGUAUUAGCCUGGUUUUUCACUGAAUUCAGUAAGAAAAAUAUUUUUAUAUACUGCAGUCAGAACCCAGAGAGUUCUAAUCUUCAUUUUAAUGAUAUCUACACUGGAAGAAAAGAUUAACGCAUAACUGUUUUUUUGAAUUACCUAACUGGAUAUCCACAAAUAAGAAAACAACGUUCACUACUGUUAAUUGUACAGAGCAGUACAGAGUAGAAAUUCUGCUCUUGAAUACUUACACUGGAAACAGACUCAUAACUGGAAUUUGGUACAAUCUUGUGGAAGCACAUCUUUAUGCUCGUGUACCAGCAGAGGAUUUCUCCUGCCACUGGCCUCUGCAACCCAGCUAAAGAUCUCUAUUUCUUUUGUUUCCAAAUUCAUAAUAUCAGAGUACAAGAUUUGCCUACCUACUGCUGCUACAACUCUCAGUCAAGGCUGUUCCCAUGAAAUGCGUUUCUUUAUAUAAAUUUACACUGGGUCUUUUCAUGAAUCUAGAACUUAUUUUAUUAACUGAAUUGAUUACUUUACCUUUUCCAGCUUGUGAAUUUUGUAGUAGCUAAACUGAUGCUGCACUGAUUUGCUAAUACCAAGCAGUUUUGAAUGCAAAGUAGAUGUAACAGCUAACACCAGAAUCAGAAUAAGUAUGCAACCACCAAAAGAUGGACCUCAUGGAAUUCCUGACUUAUUUAGGGGCCAUAUGUAUGAGUCUGUGUUUUUAUUUUGUAGUAAUCAACUGACCUAGUGCAAAUAUAGCAACCAGGGACUGUAGCACUGUGGAGCAAGCUGGUCUGUUCUGAUGAAGUCAAAAGUAGUUUUAUAGUUUGACAAGUCUGUAGAACAGCAUCAAAUGACAUGAAGACAAACCCUGCAAAUACCUACCUAGUUAACAAACUGAAAUAAAUAAAUAAAUAAGCACACAAACAAACAAGUUUAGUGAUUGCAUUGGGUUCUUCUCUCUGUCUGAUGCUGAAAUACUCACAGAAGUGAACAAAUAAAAACAGCCAGCCAAGCACAUAGUUCAGCCACAUUAGCCCAACCUACAACGUACUGCAUCCAAAUGCACAGAU